CUCGGAGCGGCCAGACAGGCUGAGGGGGGGAUGCGAGGUUAGGAUGGCAGUGCUAAUAGUAGUACCUAACGGGACAUGCGGACCGGCUGAUUUUAUCUUCUAAUUCAACUACAGAAACGGGUGAUGUUAAACGCCCAGAACGGCGGCGUCCGGCUUGGGAGUUUUCUAGGCUGUGAGGAUGUAGGGUUGCUUCCGAUGUGGGUCAGCCCAUCAGAUUCGGGAAGCGACGUCGUGCGUGGCCGUGAAGCGUCGCCAUGCCACUGGUCAAGAGGAACAUCGAGCCGCGCCACCUGUGCCGCGGGGAGCUUCCCGACGGCAUCGGCAGCGAGCUGGAGUGUGUCAUGAACAACACGCUCUCCGCCAUCAUCCGCCAGCUCAGCAGCCUGAGCAAACAUGCAGAGGACAUCUUUGGUGAGCUGUUCAACGAAGCCAACACCUUCUACCUGCGCGCCAACUCUCUCCAGGAUCGCAUCGACCGGCUGGCCGUGAAGGUCACACAGCUGGACUCUACUGUGGAGGAAGUUUCCCUGCAAGACAUCAACAUGCGCAAAGCCUUCAAGAGCUCCACCACUCAGGACCAGCAGGUGGUGUCCAAAGGCAGUUUGCCCAACCCGGUGAAGGACAUGUACAACUUGAGUGACAAGCCUCCACCACUCAGCAUCCUCUCUUCAUACAGGGACGACAAGAAGGAAGCUCUUAAGUUCUACACCGACCCCUCCUACUUCUUUGACCUGUGGAAAGAGAAGAUGCUGCAGGACACAGAAGACAAGAGGAAAGAGAAGCGCAAGCAGAAGGAGCAAAAGCGCUGCGUGGACGGAACGUUGCAGAGGGAGGUGAAGAAGGUCCGGAAGGCGAGGAACCGCCGACAGGAGUGGAACAUGAUGGCGCUGGAUAAAGAGCUUAGACCGGACCACCGUCACACGAUACACAGAGACAGAGGGGCUUCCUCCGAGGGCUCCGUAUCUCCAGAGAACAGGGGUUACGGAGCCGACCUGCACCACUACCCCAACGCCAUGAACCACUCUGGCCACGCCCACACCUACUCGGGCCCGCCUCCCAGCGUCCUGGCGGCCCAGAUGGCGGCGGGCCAUGGCCCUCGCGGAGGAGUCGACCACGAAGGCAGGGGCAGGGUCGCGGCUUACCAGGGCGGCACGCUUGGCCGCGCCCACCACCACCACCACCAGCAUCAACAGCAAGUCCCGCUGCCUCCCCCGCCCGCCGAGGCGAUGAAUGGCGGCUCCGUGUCCCUACCUCCAAUGGACUACAGUUUGGAUGGUUACGCCAACACGGGGCCUCCGCCCCCACCCCCGGCUCCCCUCAUCCCUUCCGCCCUGACGGCCUUCGCCUCGCCACCCGGAGGGCCCAUGUCUCCCGGGCCCUGCGGCUAUGCUCCGCCUCCGCCACCCAUAUGCGGCGGCGGGGCAGUCGCUCCGCCGCCUCCUGGGCCUCCUCCGGCAUCUCUCCAAGCCGGUCCCUCCCACGCCAUGUUGCACAAAAUGUCGUCGCCCGUGCCUAUGGAGAGCAGCAUGGUCAACGAUGCCCGCAGUGACCUGCUGGCAGCCAUACGUAUGGGCAUCCAGCUAAAGAAGGUUCAGGAGCAGCAAGAGCAGCAGGCCAAGCGCGAGCCCGUCGGCAACGACGUUGCCACCAUCCUGUCGCGCCGCAUCGCCGUGGAGUACUCGGACUCCGAGGACGACUCCGAGCUGGAGGACAACGACUGGUCCGAUUGAAGCACACACACACACGCACACACACACACACAUACUGUAUAAGCCUAAGGGUCUACAAGCUGUAAUCAAGCACUGUAAAGAAGUCAAUAUACUAUAACCAUGACCACGUCCUGCUACCUUCACGUCUUGCUGGAUGCUUUUCAAGCACCAUGAGUGCCCCCGGUGUACCUGUUGUAAUGCUGCACUCACAUGUCAUGUAUAAUGUGAUGGAUAUGCCACAAGUGUUAGAUUCAACUAAAGACUUUCCUCUUGAGCUAAUCCCUUCCUUUUACUUUAUUUUAUUUUUUACUCAACAUUACACUAUAGAUCAUCAGGUAGAGCAGGGGUGGGCAACCUAUGGCCAAAUGCGGCCCGUGCAGAGUGUUUGAGCUGAUCUGGACCAAGGAAUUGAAGAAAAUGGAGAGUGUCAGGAGUGGAGUUAUUGCAUCUGUGCAGUUUCACCAGUAGAGGGCGUCUUUGAGACUCUUAAAAGACUUGGUAAAACUCUGACCUUGUUGAGGUGAGUUCGUACAGUUUCCGGUGUUCUCUCAAAUGAUCAAACUUUGCCUGCCCCCCCCCCCCCCGAUCCCCCCCCCCAAAAUUAAAUAUUCCUCAGGUAAUUAAUUUUGAGCCUAAAUUGACCCCUUCAAACGAAAAUGGCAGACUUCCUGUUUCUUUUUGGGAAUUGCUGCUUGAGACUUUUUUUGUGGUUCUGGUUAUGAUUAUGUCGACAAAAUGUCUCAGUGAAACUGUCUUCGGGGGCUGAAUAUUUUAAUGUGAAAAUAAGGUCCAAAAACCUUGAACCCACAAAUGCUCAUAAAAUAAUAAACUAAACGCCCUGCAUACACAAUGACAAGUACUGAAAUUCCUCACAAUUCAGCGUCAUCCGUUAUUCUCUUGAAUGUGGUUGAGGUAUGGUAGCAAUUGCACAAAAUUGACUAAUAAUUCGUCUUUGAGGGGCUGCCAAACAUUUGUCAAAAUGACCCUAAAUUGGCCACUUCAAACCAAAACGGCAGACUUCUUGUGUCUUUUUCGGGAAUGAUUUCUUGAGACUGUUUUAUGGGUUUACUCAUGGUAGACAUGUCUUCUAAAUUUCAUGUUGUUAAAUGAAACCGUCUUCAGAGGCUGAAUUUGAAAAUGUAAGUCCAGUCGGUGUAGUUACGCUUUAAAGGAGCCCUGAAAAUGUCCGCGGCGACUUUGAAAUGGCCGCAUGCAUGAGUACAUUUCGUUUACCGAAAUGGCUCCUAAUGGGGGUGUGUGGGGGGGGACAUUGCCCACCCCUGCUGUUGAUAGUGAGUGGGAAGUAAAUGUGAUUAAAAUAAAAAAAGAUUGAUGGUUGAGGCUGUGUCAUGUAUAUGGUCUUGUGUGACUUUUGUAAAAACCAGAGAUGAAUUAAAAGACCAAAAAAAAAAAACAUGAAUGGAGCACACCGGCUGGUGAGUUUCCUCACUGUCCUCUGGUGUCGUCACGCGUACUGUACCUGGCUCUCCUGUUUCUAUGGCGACAGGACCAGAGUUGCCACGGCAACCAGAUAGGGAGCAGGAGGGGGAAAUGAAGAAAACAGGCGAGGCCGGCGUGAUAUGCACUGCAUGUGUUUAUUUGCGUGUUUUUUUUUUAAUUAACUAACCAAAGCAAUAAAAAGUACAACUAGAGCGCUUUUGGAAAAAUAGACAGCACACAAUUCACACAAAUGUUGUAUUUUAUUUUAUUUUUUUUUAAACAGUUAAAUUAGUGCAUGUCGAUUCUCAUUUUGCAGAUACUUCAAUUGUGCCAUCGUGAUCCCUCCUCAACCCCAAAAAUAAAGUGCAUUUCACAUUUAGAAACAACACACCAAGCUGUUACGGUGGCAACCCUCCCCCCCUUCCCCUCCCCCAAGACAUUCACAGGCCCCCUUGAGUGUCGAGUUAGUUCGCUCAAACCACUUCGAGCUCCUCCUCGGCUACACGAUUACUUUCAAUGAUUGUGUGACAGAUAAGUGUGACAGUCUUUUGCUAUUCUUAUAAAACAAAAGCCCUUUUCGCACCCUUUUUGACAAAUUCCAGUACCAGGGGGGGCAAAAAAAAUUUUUUUUGAAGUGGUGCGACCAAGUCCUUCCAUUCAGAGUGACUGCUUUGGUAGCACCAUGCACGGUGGUUAAGUCUCCCCAUUGGAAAGCAUGCCGUAUUAUUUACACAACGUAGCCCGAGGGGAAAAAAAAAUAACAAAAGGUGUCACUACAUUCAGAAAAAAAGGCUAUUACAGCGCUGUGAUAUCAUCGUACAACGUAAGGAAUUCAAAACGGAAAAAAAUAGAACUUUUCAAUGAAUAUAACAAAAUAGACAUUUUUUUUGUUUUUGUGUUUUGUUUUGUUUCUUCUUUUUUUUGUGUGUGUGUCAUUGUUGUGAUGUCAACAUAGACUGGGGCCACAUCCCGAAAGUCCUCCGAUAUCAUUCGGAAGUGGCCCCCUUGUUUAGCUCAUAAGAUCAUUCAAAGUUCACUUGACUUGCACCGAUUUAAUCGAUCAUCCUCUUUCACUUUGGCUUUAAGUAGACUCGUUUUGUUUUUUUAGUCCCAUGAUGUCAUCGCGGCAGCAUGCGGUAGAGCGCAAAAAAAAUGUUUUUUGUUUUUUGUAUUUUUUAAGGUGGUGGGAGAUUUUUUUUUUCCAGAAGGAAGACUGGCAAGCAGCGGCAUCCGCAAAACUAAAACAGCAAACACCCAUGUACUGCAUUUUAUGGAGUGACAUGCUCCUCCCUAGAGGAGAACACUUGCGGCCAUGCAAUUCUGAGCACGACAAACACACGCACAUAAAAAAAAAAAGACACUUGAGGUUACAACACCCGAGGGGGUUCGCUCGGCACAGUGGACAACAAAACAGGGUGCUUGUAUUAAUUGAGACAACGUGUCUGUUGUGCUGAUGAAUGACAUCGAUAAAGAUGUACGUUGGUCACAUUAAUCAUAUCAUGAGGUCAUAUUAACAUGAAUAAUUAUGGAUCGGAAACGGCGAGUUGUGGAAAACGCGCUAACGACGGACUGUCAUCCGAGGUUUGUUUUCAUAAGUGAAAUUUCAACUGCAAUUCCCACGAAAGCAAAUCAGAUGAUAAUGAUGUCAUCAUUUUUUUUUAAAAAAGGCACAUCAAGAGAAUUUAAUUUUCGAGGUCAUUCUCAAUGGGCUUUGUUGCGAUUAGUUGUAAGGUUUCAUUACCAAAAAAAGUCAAGAUUUUGGGACAAAAGCAAAUCACCUCACAGUUCCAAAAUAAUCAUAGCUCCGUGAAGCCCUUAUGAUGAUUUUUAAUUUGACGUGACACUCAGUGGACUCUGUUGCAAUUUCAUUUUUUGACCUUGUUAUCACCUUGAAGUUUAAUCUGCGUCGUUUUUUUUUUGUGUUUGUUUUUUUACCCAAAACAAAU